AUCCAGGGUGUGUCAGGGCAGGGAGGGAGCCUCUCACUUUUUACCGUCUCUGCUAUUUCUCCAUUGCUUUCCACAGCCCGGGGACACAGGGAGCAUCCGCCUACCUACUCUGAAGACUUUUCACUGUCUUUCAUUUCAGAGUAAACUCCAGAGCUACAAUGGCAUACAAAGGAAAGUCCACAAGAGGAACUGUGAAGGAUUUUCCAGCUUUCAAGGCCAAUGAAGAUGCAGAAGCACUGCGCAAGGCAAUGAAAGGAUUGGGUACUGAUGAAGAGGCCAUCUUGAAAAUCCUUACAUCCAGAAGCAAUGCCCAACGACAAGAAAUUGCGGCUGCCUUCAAGACUUUGUUUGGCAGGGAUCUUGUCGAUGACUUGAAAUCAGAACUCACAGGCAAGUUUGAGAAACUGAUUGUGGCGCUGAUGACCCCAGCCUCUUUAUAUGAUGCGUAUGAACUGAGACACGCCAUCAAGGGAGCCGGUACUUGCGAGAAUAUAUUGAUUGAAAUUCUUGCCUCUAGAAGUCAAGCGGAACUGAAUCAUAUCAAGCAGGUUUACAAAAAAGAAUUUGGAUGUGAACUGGAAGACAGCAUUACUGGAGAUACAUCUGGAUUCUUCCAGAGGAUGCUGGUUGUCCUAGUCCAGGCUAACAGAGACCCCGACUCUAAAGUGAAUGACUCGCUUGUUGAGCAAGAUGCCCAGGAUUUGUUUAAAGCUGGGGAGCUGAAGUGGGGAACAGAUGAAGAAAAGUUCAUCACAAUCUUGGGGACUCGCAGCAUUGCUCAUUUAAGGAAAGUGUUUGAUAGGUACAUGACCAUCUCUGGGUACCAGAUUGAAGAAAGCAUUGACCGCGAAACAUCUGGGCACUUGGAGAAGCUACUGCUUGCUAUUGUGAAAUGUGUCCGAAGUGUUCCUGGAUACUUUGCAGAAACACUAUACAAUGCUGUGAAGGGAGCUGGCACUGAUGACUGCACUCUGGUCAGAGUCAUGGUCUCCAGGAGUGAAGUAGAUUUACUUGACGUAAGACAAGAGUUCCGUAAGAACUUUGGGAAGUCUCUCCACCAAGCCAUUAAGGGCGAUACGUCCGGUGACUACAGGAAUACACUCCUCUUACUCUGCUGUGGUGAUGAUGAGUAAUGUUUCUGCUGAAAAGGAGACCUACCUUUUGGCAAUACCUGUACAACUGUACUAAAGCUAAUACCAGUUCUCUAUACUAAUGCUUCAUUACCCACAAUACUUCACAGCAUGUUAUUUGCAUAGACACAACAUUAUGAUAAGCAUACAAUUUUAAGAAGUUUCUUAGGACCACAUUGUUGGUGCUGUUUUUGUAUUUGUUAUUUUUGUUUUAUGCAUAACCAGUAAUUUAAUCCUGCCAAGUAAUGUGAGUUAAAAGGACCAGUGUGUUAUGUUGGCACAACAUGCGUUUCAGGGCAUAUGCUACAGCUUGUGUAAAGAUCUUCAGGAACACGUACUUUCCACCCAAAUGUGCAUUUCAAGCUCCCUAAUUCUAAUGUUCACUGCCUUAACCUAAACUCUGCAUUUCCUCAGUAUUUGACAACAUGAGUAGAAAUACACGGUUUUUUCUAUUUCCUUAACUAUUCUGGUAACUAUAGUUUCUGAACAGUGAUGUCUAUAUGAAGAGUAGCUAAAAUGUCAUCAUUCACUCACAUGAAAUAAAAGUUGUCAAGCAAU